AUGUUCAAAUCCUCUGCUAGAUUGGCCUCCCCAUGGGCCCAAAGAGCCAUGGCUACCACCGCCGCCACUGUUGGUCUUGGUGCCUCGUACGUCUUGUACCAAGACUCCAUGACUGCCAAUGCUAUGACCGCUUCCGAGCACGGUUUGCAUCCUCCUGCUUACGGAUGGUCUCACAACGGUAUGUUCGAGACCUUCGACCAUGCAUCCAUCAGAAGAGGUUUCCAAGUUUACCGUGAGGUUUGUGCCGCUUGUCACUCCUUGGACAGAAUCGCAUGGAGAAACUUGGUUGGUGUCUCCCACACUGCCUCCGAGGCUAAGGCUAUGGCCGAAGAAUUGGAGUACGACGACGAGCCUGAUGAUGAGGGUAACCCAAGAAAGCGUCCAGGUAAGUUGGCUGACUACAUUCCAGGCCCAUACCCUAACGAACAGGCUGCUAGAGCCGGUAACCAGGGUGCUUUGCCUCCUGACUUGUCUUUGAUUGUCAAGGCUAGACACGGUGGUUGUGACUACCUUUUCGCCUUGUUGACUGGUUACCCAGAGGAGCCACCUGCCGGUGUUGUCUUGCCUCCAGGAUCUAACUACAACCCAUACUUCCCAGGUGGAGCUAUUGCCAUGGGUAGAGUUUUGUUCGACGACUUGGUUGAGUACGAGGAUGGUACCCCAGCAACUACAUCUCAAAUGGCCAAGGAUGUCACAACAUUCUUGAACUGGGCUGCUGAGCCAGAGCACGAUGACAGAAAGAAGUGGGGUUUGAAGGCUCUUAUCAUCACUUCUUCUCUUUUCUUGUUGUCUGUGUGGGUCAAGAAGUUCAAGUGGCAACCAAUCAAGAACAGAAAGAUUGUCUGGAACCCUCCUAGGAAAUAG